GAAGUAAACGGAAGUGAGCAGUGACUGAGAACAAGUUCCACGUUAGCGUUUUUAUUGUUAUUUAGACGCGUAUUAAUAACACCCUGGAACUCAACAUAUGACUAAUUUAGCUGCACAGCAUCACAUACAUGGUACUGCUUAAUUCGCGUUGAAAACAGGACUUGGUUGAUAUAUGUUAUCUAGGUAACGCUAGCUAGCUGCUAACAAUGUCAAACUGUAUGGUUUUUCACACUCAAAUAGCCUCCGUCAUGGAGGUGCUAGCAAAUGCAGCCGUGGCAGAGAUCUGUAAACUCGUAGAUGACGACUAUGCAGUGUUUCGUUUGGAAAUUACUCAAAGCCAGAAAGAAAACAGGGGAUUACGGAGGAAACUACAGCUGCUGGAAUUGAAGGUGGCACGGGAGCGCGCAGAGAGAACCAAUAGGGUCAAGAUCCUCGACCGAUACAGAGCAGGAAUGCCAAGAGGUGAAGGACAUUUUACUGGAGGCUACAGGAGCUUUGUGAAUCCUGUGGGACACCACACAUGGAGAGAUGACCAACCAAUCACUGUUGAUGAUGAAGGGAGUGGAACCUCAACUCAGCACAUUAUCAUGAUAGAGUCUGCAGAGGCUGCAGGUCCUGGUGUCAAGCAGAGUAGGACUGAAGAAGAGGACCCACAACACAGCAGAGACAUCCAGACUGGAGCACCCCCUGUAGCCACGGAGGACCCCACCCCCAUCGCUCGACGAAGCAUCACGGAGGAGGAGGAGGGUCUGGAGGUGCUGCUGGUGAAGGAGGAGGGGUGUGAGGAGGGUCUGGCAAACCCUGAGGCGACCAUGGUCAUGGAGGACAACCAGACAAAAACUCGUCCAGAACCCACAGAGGAACCAGCUGAAGAGCACAGGACCACAUACAGUCUCACUGAGCCAGUAGACAUGCAGGAUGGGAAGCCUGAUCUGCUGCUGGUCAAAGAGGAGGCAAUAGAAGACGGACCAGAGAGUAUUGAUCUGCUGAGUGGACUAAAGAUGGGGGAUCAAGGUGGUUGGCAGGAGGCUAACAGAGGAGACUGGGUGGCCAUCUUGGAUACCCAGACAGGUGCAGCCAAGGCUCUAGGGAACAACAUCACUGAGCAGGCCAGGACCAGAGGUGGCAUAGUGGAGGUCAGUGGAUGGGACAGCAUCCUCAACUCUGGGCUGGGGAACAACACUGUUAACCACAACCGGAAACAGACAGUGGAACACAAAACAACUGAACAUAGUCUCCAUGACAACAGAAUGGCUGAGACUAGGGCGAGGCAUAGAUUUGGUCUGCAGGUACGAGGUGGUGUCCGUAUGGGUACUGACUCGGCUAGCGAUGCUCCGUCCUGCUCCUAUAGUUGUGAUUCAGAGAGACUGAUGACGCCUCAGGUUAACCCCCUAACAGGUGCUACCUUCAGCCUGCCUUCUAUAGGAUCUAUCAACUGGAACAUGGACCCUGCAACAACACAGACACUCCCUGGCCUUCAUUCUCCUCACACUCUCCUGUUAAACCAGACCUCAGACAAUGCCAGUGCCUCAACACUAAAUGGGUACACAAGCCCAUUGACAAAUGACAUUGAUAGCAUUGCUACUACUAGAUCUGGUGGCAAAGAGAAGCGCUUCCCGUGUUCGUUCUGUGGGAAAGCCUUCAGUUUCCGCAAACAGAUGGAGAUCCACCAGAGGAUGCACACAGGGGAGAAACCCUUCAGCUGCCACCUUUGUCGGGCCAGUUUUUCACAAUCAUUCAGCCUGAAGAGGCACCAGAGAGUCCACACAGGGGAGAAACCCUACAGCUGUCCCCAGUGUGAGAAGAGGUUCUCCCACCAGCACCAUUUGAAGGUGCACCUGAAGAUCCACACGGGAGAGAGGCCAUUCGCCUGUACGCACUGCGGGAAGAGGUUCUCAGAGAGGAGAUAUCUCAGGAUACACCAGCAGCAAAUGCACAUAGCCCAUGUAUAGAGUACAGUGACAUGUAUGUAGUACUAGUUAGUUUGUUUGUUUAGUUAAUUCUGUUGGUUUUGGAUGUAGUAGGGAACUGGAUGAGGUGAACUGAGGAAAGAAUGAGUAUAAUUUGUGAUGGUGUCUAUAAAAAUGUUUCACUGAUUAAGACUAACAAUUUUGUCCUGUUUUGAAAUGGGGAAAUUAUUUGUCCUUACGUUUACUUGACAUGAAGAAGUGAAGCUGUGUGUAAUGUUGAACUUUUUCCAAAGCAUUCUAAAAUGUAUUUCAUCACAGCGAGGUUUCCAGAUUUACAGAAAAGUUACUGUUCACUUUUCUCACUAUGGUUUCUACUUGUCACAUCGUUUUCUACAAUAAAAGUACUGAACUUCA